UUAAAAGUGGAAAAUUUUUCAUAGAUCGAAUCUGACAUCAUAGAGAUAACACUCCUUGCAGAGUGAUAAUUUUUAUACUUAAAUGUAAGUAGAAAUUGAUUAUUAAUCACAUGCAUUUCUUAUCACUCUAAGUGCAAAUCAUUCAAGACAAUUUUUUUUUUUUUUUACUGAAACAAAUUUAUUUUUAAAGUUUUAGUACAUGGAUUUUGCACGUGAUUGGCAAAGAACACCGAUCGAUAGUGUUUUUGAUUGGAUGUAUUCUGAUGAAAUAAAUUCUGAAAUGAAUAAUCUUUAAAGAAACGGCAUGGUGGCGCGUUGAAAGCUGCGUAAAUAGGGCAGAGGCAAACCGGCAAGAGAAAUAACUAACCUCAUUUCCAUGUGAACACCUCAUAUAGUCACGAUUCUUUCCUUCUUCAUAAAUCAUAGUCUUUCUGAACCAAACUCUCCCUCUAAGCUAACCACAUAGUCCAUAUGGCGCUUUCACUUCUAAAAGCGACUCUUGCUCUUUCUUUUCUGUGUCUGCUCAUUGAAGCUUAUCAAAUCAAUCAAAAAAGCUUCCAGCAGAUAAUGAUGGCCGAUCCUCUUGAAUGGGGCGCAUCUUCAACUAUGCCUAAUUUCUACGACAAAGAUGAUGAAGAUGAUGAUGGAAGAUCGGAUAGAAGGUCUCUGUAUGGAAGACCAAUGCACUAUCACAUAUCUUAUGGUGCUCUCUCUGCAAAUCGGGUGCCUUGUCCGCCUCGUUCAGGAAGGUCUUACUAUAGUCAUAAUUGUUUUAGAUCGAGAGAGCCUGUUAAUCCUUACACUAGAGGAUGCUCUUGUAUCACCCAUUGCAGGAGAUAGAAAAAUUUUGAAAUGAAUUGUAAUUUUUAUUUCUUGCAAUUGUUAGGUUAUUGCAUUGGGCUUCAAAAUGAUGCCGUUGACAUGUCUCAAAUCUCAAUGGUGGUUUGGGCUUAGUUUGUAGUUCUGAAACGAAGGCAUGUACUGUCACAAGUUUUAUUAGUUUAAUGCUGUAUCUGUGCUAAUUGGUAUUCU